AUGAAUACGAACAAGCAAGUUGCCAAAGGUGCCCGGAAAUCGGCUCAGCCUAGUUCUAAUGAGCAUUUGAAAGCUUCGAGUUUUCAAGAACGUUCGAAAUAUCAUCAGCUUGCUGGUUCUCAAGAAAAGCUGAAGACUUCUGGAACUAAUGAGAAGCAUCAACCGAAAAGUGGAGAGAAACUGAAACCCCAAACGUCUCCAGAUCUUCCCCGUAAAGCACCAGUUAAAGGGAAAAAUGGACUAAAGAAGAGAGGUUCCACUGAAAAACGGGUUAAAACUACAGCAACUAAAACCAUCAGCAGAGAGGAAGAAGACGAUAAGCCAGUUGGGUUGGAGCGCAAGCGUUCUGUUGAGCAGCAGGAGUUCAUGGAAGAUACUGCAAAGUUGGCUAGAAAGCCAUCUAUGAAUGCUCUUUCUGAAACUAAAGUUUUAUUGGGUAAGGAGAAGGAUAAGGAUAAGAAGAAAGAGGAUGAAAUGAAAAUGAAGAAGAAAGAAGAGGAGAAAGAAAAGGAGGAUGAGUUUGCAAGUGAUCCCAGGGAGGAUAAAGAGCAACGAGCUGAGAUGAUCAGAAAAUGGGCGUCGGCUGUGAUGUUGAGCACUCCACCACAACUGCACAAAGACUACAAGUCUGUCAGUAAUGAGACUCCAGAAGCUGAAUGUGUCAACUGCUACAAGUACAAGGAUUCGAACCGGUAUCCCAACAUUCGAAAAAUGCUGCGAAUAUUUUUCGUAACGAUUAAUUUUGAAGCAUCUGAAAAUGUAUCAACUUUUAGGGAAACUGUAGGUAUGCACGAGUUGGAUGAAGUCAAAGUUUUCACUGAGGCUGUUAUUGAGGUCCCUGAUGCCAGUGGAAAAGAAAAAUAUUUUCAAAGAUCUUUAAAAAUUGUCGUGAAAUCGACUGGCAAGGAAUUCAAGCUGAACCACUAUCAAUGGCCAUCAUGGCCAGAUCAAGGGAUGCCGGAUUCAUGUGAUCUCUCACUUCGCAUUCUUUCAUCUGUUCGCAAAGAUAGGCAACCCAUCAUCGUCCAUUGCUCAGCUGGAGUUGGCCGUACUGGCACUCUUGUAUUGAUCGAAUCUCUAAUUUCUUCUCUCCGCCAUUCUAAGCCUCAAAACCCAAAAGAUGCAUUUACACUUCUUCGUAAAGAUCGUGCCAAAAGUGUUCAGACUCUUUCCCAAUAUGUCUAUGCGAUUCGUUGUGUUCUAGAAUAUUUUAUUUCAAAAGGUCUCAAAAAAAAUGAACAAGAGUGGGCCAAGUUCAAGGAGACGUACGCAAAAGUGAAGGCAAAAAAGCUGAAAGCGAAGAAAGAUGAAAAAGGAAAGGGCCGGAAGAACUCUCUAUCCCAAGAGAUUUCCGAACCAAAUCUGGCUAUUAUUGUUGAUCCAGCAGCUCCCAAGAAACCUGCUCUACCUCCAGGACCUUUCGAAGUCCAAACCUCAGAUCGUGGACCGGCUCCAGAUGAUCCUUCUACUCCUCCUCCGAUGGCUACUCCUUCUUCAAUGCCAUCUCCGAUGCCAUCCCCGAUUCCUUCUCCAUUGACUCCACCACCACCACCACCGCCAUCGAAUGCUCCACCUAUGAUUCACCCGGUGUUUGCUCCACCGGAUCAUCAAGCCAUCGAUAUCACCCUCACAUGUCCACCACCGGUUUCCAAAUCAGCCAUGAACAAUCCAUAA